CGAGAAUGUGGAGUGAGACGUUCAACAUUAGUUCGGAUCCGGAGGCACGCUAGAAUUGUACAACAUUAUUGUAGGACGGUAGUAACGUAACGAAAUUCUCGGGCUCGCGGGCCAGGGCAAAAAGGGUUCCCAGUCCACGUUUGUGGCAGGUUGCCUCGGCUGCGGGCCCCAUCCAAGGCCUACCACCACUCCCAGCCUGUUGAAAUCCAUCUGUGCUGUUAGUACUAGCAGUACUAUGAAGCCAGCAUAUGGACAAUCUUGUUAUGUUCAGCUUUGAACGCUUGACGGAUUCCCCUUUUCCACCAACAUUUUCCGAGAAGACAAAGACAUUCUGAAACAGCCCGUGAGGAAAAGCAAAAGAAAGCAAGAUGCCAUACCAAUCUCGCUGGUCCAUCCCGCUACCACAAUGUUCAUUUCCAACAUUUUUGUUUGGAUCUCCCCAAAAAGAACUGAGCGACAAACCGGCGUACAUUGACACGACGCGACCGGAUACACUGUAUCUCACGCGCAGGACAUUCCGACUAUGGUCGCAGCGCAUUGCGCUGGGAUUACUUCGAAGUCCCGCUUUCCAACCAGGAGAUCGAGUAUUGAUCUUCUCGGGCAACACGGUGGCCACGCCAGCUGCAUUCAUUGGCAUUGUGAUGGCGGGAGGGAUUUUCACGGGUGCCAAUCCGACAUUCACGCCGCGGGAGUUGGCGCAUCAACUGCGCGAAUCGGAAGCAAAGUACCUUUUCUGCUCGGAUGCCUCCAUUGACACGGGUAUUGAGGCAGCGAGACAGGCGGGCAUGGACAAAUCCCGAGUGUUUGUCUACAAUGACAACGUGUUUCUUGACGACGAGGCUGCUCGGCCAGCAUUGAAAGGGUGCAAGUAUUGGUCGGAACUGAUAGCGCCGGCGGAAGAUGCCAAAGACUUUCAAUGGGAAGAAUUGGAUGGCGACAAAUGUCACAAAACCAUAGCCUUGAACUACUCCUCCGGCACGACGGGCGUGCCCAAGGGAGUCGAAGUGUCGCAUUACAACUACAUCGCCAACACGCUACAGUACAACCACCUACCAACGCUAGAGCCGGACUACGCUAAGAAAAACGCGCGGGCGAAAUGGCUGUGUUUUUUGCCUCUUUACCACGCCAUGGGCCAGACCAUCUAUAUCGCAGGCGGGCUUCUGCGCGAAGUCCCCGUGUACAUUAUGCCCAAGUACGACUUUGUCGAGAUGCUGGCCAAUAUCCAAAAAUUUAGAAUCACGGAUCUGACCAUCGUGCCGCCAAUCGCGGUCGCGCUGACCAAGCACCCGGCCGUCCCAAGGUACGACUUGAGCACCAUCCAGUCGAUCAACUGCGGUUCCGCGCCACUGGGCAGCGACGUCUGCCGGGCGAUCGAGAAAGUGUGCGGUGGGCGGUUCAAUAUGAAACAAGGCUGGGGGAUGACCGAGGUGACGUGCUCGCUGUUGGGCUGGGAUCCCAACAAGAUCUCGACGUCGUUUGGUGUCGGCGAGCCAAAUGCCAACUGCGAGGCCAAGAUCAUGAAGAUCUCCACGGACCACAACGGCAACGAGUCCUUUGCCGAGGUCACCGAGCGCGGGCCUCAGCAUACGGGCGAGCUAUGGUGUCGUGGACCUAAUAUCAUGAAGGGCUACUGGCGCAACCCGGCCGCGACGAAGAACACGUUCUCCCCGGAUGGCGAACGUUGGCUCCGAACCGGUGAUAUCGCUUACGUCGACGACGAGGGCUGCUUCUACAUCGUCGACCGGAUCAAGGAACUCAUCAAGGUCAAGGCCAACCAGGUCGCCCCGGCUGAACUUGAGGCUCUGAUCCUUGAACAUCCCGCCGUUGCUGAUGUUGCUGUCAUCGGCAUCCCCACUGCCGAUGGAGACGAGCGGCCCCGUGCGUUCGUCGUCCGUCAGCCUGGCGCCAGUGUCACCGAGCAGGAGAUUUUCGACCAUGUCAAGCAGAGAGCCGUGCCCUUCAAGUGGUUGACCGCCGGGGUCGAAUGGAUCGAUGUUAUCCCCAAGAACCCCUCAGGCAAAAUCCUUCGCCGCCAGCUGAGAGAGCGGUCCAAACUGCAAAUUGCUAAAGCUAGAUUGUAAAGUUUCCUGGGUCCUUGGCUUAGAAGAAAGAAAGAAAAAGCAUCUAGGUGCGUGCGGGGUUGGGAUAGAAGGACUUUCAUGUCGGAGGUGUCAUAUAGAUACUAGACUCAAGUGCAAUAGGCUGAAGUGGUGCUCCAAGUAUACAACAAAACGACACUCUCUGUAUCAAGAGAUAUGUCGAUCUGGCGAGGAAACAAUCGAUUGAGGUACAGUGGUAACACAGGUAGAAUGGUUUUUGAGGACUUGGCCGCAAACGGCAUGUUAGGGUCAGCCUUCAUACAAUCACGCCUCAUAUUAUUCUGUACUCAUGAUGCUGUC